AUGGAUUGGUACGGAGGCUAUGCGGCGGCCUUCAAGUUGAAGGUGAUCGACUAUGCACUAGAAAAUGGCAACAGGGCCGCCGGCAGGCACUUCAGAGUUGAUGAAUUUUGUGUCCUGUUCUGGCGACGGCAGCUCGGACAGCUGAAGCCCACCAACAAGACACAUGGGGCUUUCCGCUCCAAGCUACAGCCAGACUUCUUCAUUCCGGAUGACGUCCUCGCCGAGUUUGACCAGCAGCAGGUGUCGUCGCUGGGCAUUGGCGGUACCAGCGCAGCAGCCUCACCACCGUCUUCCACAUCUAAUAGUCCUGCUGCCAGUGACGGAGUCGAUGGAAUCGUGCAGAAGAUCAACCAGAAGUUGAGCCCCGAGCUGGUUGCCUCUACUAAAGGGCUGUUUUUGUUCCAAGUUAAAGGUGGUGAUGACUUCUUCGUAGACCUCCGAACGGAAGGGGGUAGCGUUGGCAAAGGCCAGCCGUCGGAAGGCAACUCGCCUGACGUCGUAUUUACCAUGGACGCCGACAGCCUGCUCAAGAUGUUUGCAGGCAGUCUGAAGCCAACGGCAGCCUUUAUGAGCGGCAAGAUGAAGAUCAAGGGCGACAUGGGGAAGGCCAUGAAACUCGAAAAGCUUAUGGGCAGCUUCCGAGCCAAACUCUAGAAACCAACCGAGCCUUAUGCUUUUUGUUUGGCAACUACUUCGGCAUGUUUCACCGACUCCGGUCUGUGCAGCCAAGCAGAAGGAAGAUCACAAAGGCUAGACACCAACAGCGCCACCCGCUUCAUGAACGUCGCUGGUCAACCGGAUUUUUCAGCUUACCUCGACGCAGAGACUGUGUCAACAUUUGCUGGAUCAAAUGUAGUGCGUGAUCUCGCAUUUCGUUCAACUCCAGCGCGUUUGGUGCUUCCAGCGACCUCGAGAGGCAUCGGCAAGACAACAUAAUUAUGUGCAGUGGCUCGAGUCGUAUCUUGAACUUCCUAGUGUGGAAGCUUUUUGAUCAAUUCAUUUUAUGAUCGGGUCCACCUCAUCGGGAACAUAGCAAUGUGGAAGUUUGUUAGUGUAACAAAGGGUGUGGUGAAGACAGCGUCUUAUGAAUAAGGUUAAUUUGCUUUUUCUCGGUUUCGGUUCUUCAGAUGUCUAGAGUGUCACUGAUGGUUAUAUCUUAUCGCUUGAUGAGAUGUGAUUUUAAUGGAAAUGUGGCAUUCAUUCGCAUGAUGGAGCAACUGUCUGGAAUAGGAACAAGUGUUACUUUAUACAUUUUGAAAUGUUUACCUUGCUCACUAGGAUGGACAUUAUAUCUGCACUAAUGGCAUUGAUUGCAUUAAUUCUUGAUGUUAAUCAAGAAAUAUUUUAUACUGGAAAAUGAAUGCUGUCAGUUUUUUAGUUGUGUUGUUGCAACACUCUUCAUAGCAUCUAGACUAUCUUUUUUUUGUUACCAGGGCCUAAUAUUUUGCUUUAUGUAAAAUAUUAUGCGGCUUUUACAUAUGAAGCUGUAUGCUUGUAUGCAUAGAAAAAUGUGAGUAGUUUUGUUUUCAAAGCUGAAUCUGUUACUGUAUAUAACACACUCGUGUGCCUUAAGAGAACUGUUAUGCCUUAUAGAACCAUUCUGCUGUGCAAUAUGAAUAGCUAAAGUAUUUCGUAUAACCUCUAACUGAUGUUGGUUGUUUGCAAGGUGUAAUGAACUGGAGUGUCUUACAGUGAUAGCAUGUGUUGUCAAACUGCUGUGCAGUGGAAAAUUAAAGCUUGAAAUCUUUUAA